GUUAUCGUUUGGUAGGAAAAAUAAAGGAAAACCAUGGCGCUUCCAAAGAGAAACAGAGGUGCUCAAGGGUUGAGACAAGUGAAGUGUGCAGGGCAGCAGCUGAGCCCGAGAGCAAGGCGUCGACCCCAAAGCUCACAUCCGAAGCUUGCUGUUGAUGUUGAUACCGAUGCUGCUUGCUUCAUCGUCCUUUUUUUCUCUUCGGCCCCCUAAUUUUGUUAACCGGAGGAUGGGCCCAGCCACCGCAUUUCCAUCGUCCCUCUUCUUCUCCUCCGAGGCUCCAUCCUUUCUUACUCUCCGUGGCAGCGGCCUCUCCUUCUUUACAUCUCCGACUUCAUUUGUCUGCUAUCCCAAAUCCUCCAACUCCCAAAUUCUCCGUAUCUCCGCUUCUCUUCUUCACACAGACGUUGACAUUUCUUGGUUCCCUCCCGACUAAAACAAAGAAAAAAGGUUUCUUUCUUUCUUGAAGAUUUGUUCUUUGUACCAGAAUUGGGUCGAAUCAGAAAUGCGUUCUUGCUGUUCUGCAGGAUUUUCUUCUAUUUUUUUAGGGAGUGUUAUUGGGUCUUCACUGGCUACUGCAAUUGCAGUUGCGUACUUUUUAUUCUACAGAAAAGGGUUUAUGUUUGACUUUAGGAGUCCAUUGAAUGCUUUUAACGUGGUCUUUAGCUCCAGGGAGGUGAAAAUUGAUCAAACUGAAGCUAGGGACUAUCUUGAAUCUGAUGAACCGGCUGCUGAGGCAAUACCCGACUAUGUACCUCUAGCUGUUCCUGAAAUUGUUCCUUCAGCACCUAGUCAUAAGCGUGAGCUCAUUGUUGUACCUGUUGCUGUGGAUUCUGCUCAGCAGGAAGCUUUGUUGGUUCUAAAGAAGCUUAGGAUCAUUGAAGAUGAUGUACGACCUGAUGAAUUAUGCACAAGAAGGGAAUAUGCUAGAUGGCUUGUUCACUACUGUUCAUCAAAACAUUUUUGUUAUAUCGAAACAUAAUUCAACAA